AAUUACAAGAAGGGUGAAGGCGGCGGCGGCGGCUAUGGCGCUGUCGAGCGUCACCACAGAGGAGUACACUUCGCUGUUUCGGCAGUCGCAGCUUCCGGAGGAGGAGAUGCUCACAAAGGGGAUUCUUACCAAGAGCCUGGAAGAGGUGCUCAGGAUGCAUGGAGUACGCAGCGCUACCGUCUUCCGGACCAAGGUCCAGAUGCUCGAAGCCCUGAAGAACACGAAGAUGAUAAGUCUCUUCCGCUCCACACUCGAUUCUUCCGAGAUCAAGGGCGCCGCCGUCGAUCCCGCGGCUGAUCUCAAGGCGCUGCAUUGGAGCGACGGGGAGAUCCUCGAGGUGGUGACGCUGGAGCCAAUCACUCGAGAAGAAUGAUCGAGCAAACAAUGCGAAAACGUUCCACUUCGAUAAAAGGAAAUGGUACAAUCGAAGGUUUAAAAGUACCGUACCGGAAAGAAUCAUUCCCCGGAAUAUUCCAUGUGCGGAACGAAGAUUACCACGUCACGGUGGGAAGGGCGGCAGCUUCGAUUCAUCCAAUCCAGGAUCCAAUUUUUUCUCUCAAAGGUAGCGUAGUAGUAGAGAGCGGCCAGUGAAGAGAAAGAGGAGGGUAUCAGGAAUUAAAGUGGUCACUCCCGCUUUUCUCGAUCGAUUUUCGCGGAUCGAAUCCGUGGAUGGUGCUACAUCAUGGGCCUGGUGAUUGGCUUCGUUUUGGGGCUUCUUCUCGGCCUAGCGCUGACGAUCGCCUUCGUUCUCUGCGAGAACCAGCGAUCCCAAGCUCGCAGGAAACUGGCGGUCUCCACGGCGGCAUUCUCGCAACUAAGCGUGGAGGAUGUGAGGAAGCUCUUUAGCAAGCAGUCUUUACCGCAGUGGGUCCUCUUCACCCAGUAUGACAAGGUGUCGUGGCUAAACUACGAGCUCCGGAAGAUGUGGCCAUUCAUAGAUCAGGCAACCUCGGAGCUCACUAGAGUUAUCGUGGAACCCAUACUGGAGCAAUACAAACCCCCGGUUAUUUCUUCUCUCAAGUUCCAAAAGUUCACGCUCGGCACUGUCGCGCCACAGUUUGUAGGCAUACAAAAGGUGGAAACAACCGACGAUGAGAUCGUGUUGGAGAUGGAGCUGCAGUGGGAUGGGAAUCCCAGCAUUAUACUUGGCGUGAAAACCAUGCUUGGAGUGUCGCUCCCACCAGUACAGGUGAAGGACAUUGGAGUAACUGGUGUCUUUCGCGUUGUUCUCAAGCCUCUAGUCGAUACUUUCCCGUGCUUUGGAGCCAUUAUGUACUCGCUGCGUGAACAGAAAAAACUUGAUUUCAAGCUCAAGUUUAUCGGCGGAGACAUCAAAGCAUUUCCAGUGCUUGCAGGAGCAAUCGAUGGAAUGAUAAGAACGGCGGUGACGGACUCGUUCCUCUGGCCAAUGCGGCAAGUUGUGCCAAUUCUCGCGGGUGACUAUAGUGAUCUCCAACUCCGUACGUGUGGAAGACUAGUUGUCAAGGUGGUACAAGCGAAAGACUUGCUCAACAUGGACUUGUUUGGAAAAUCCGAUCCUUUCGCGCAGCUCUUUAUCCGUCCCAUACCGGCCCGGAGAAAAAGAACCAAAACAAUCGAUAACGACCUGAACCCGGUAUGGAACGAAGUUUUUGAGUUUGAAAUAGAAGAUCCGGCAACGCAGAAGCUGUUUGUUCACAUUUUCGACGAAGACAGCGUCCAGGCCUCGGAGCUAAUCGGAUCGACUCAAGUGCCGGUGAGAGAGCUACAGCCGGGGAGCUUAACCGAGUACUGGCUUCCACUCGUCAAGGAUCUCGGCAACAAGAAGGAAAACAAGUAUAGAGGCCAGGUCCAGCUCGAGCUUCUUUACAUGCCGCUAGACGUGGAUUCACGGCCGGAAGGUGGUACAAAGUCACAAACACCAAGAACACCGCUCGUAAAUGGCGUCCAGCACCACAGGCGAGCUUCCUCUUUGGCAUCAAAGCUUUCAUCCAAGAGCUUCAUCAAGCCGGCUGCCGUGCACUAUCGAGUCUUGUCCUCGGGCGACGAUCAGCUAGCUGCUAGUGGAACGCUGGGCGUGACGGUGAUUCGAGGGGAGAACUUGGUGGCCAAGGAUUUCAAUGGCAAGUCGGAUCCAUAUGUGGUGAUUUACAUGAAAGGAAGCAAAGCGAAGAUGCAAAAGACCAGCGUGAUGCGCAAGACGCUCAAUCCGGAGUGGAACCAAAGGUUUCAAUUCCCCGUGGAGGACGCGAGGAACGAUAUGGUUGUGGUGGAAGUUUGGGACCGCGAUGUGUUUGGAAAGGAUUUUAUGGGAAGUUGUGCGCUUACACUCUCCAAAGUUCUCACCGAGAGAUCAUACUACGAAGUAGUGACGCUUUCUCCUCGAGCGGCUGGAAAGCUUCACUUGCAUUUAGAAUGGACGAAUGCUUAAGAAUGAAUUAGUGAGGAAUUUUAUUAGUACAAAGUAAUCAAACUUAUGAAUGAUAUACUCCAAUCAAAGCAGUCGCUUAGAUC